UGAAUACACUUGCUGCUGAAUUAUUAUUUGAUAGAAUAUCAUGUCUAUGUAGUUUACCUUUAAAAAAUCCUAUCCAAAAUUCUAAUGAAAAUCUUGUUGAAAAAAAACGAAUACUACUUGAUGUAUGCUGUGGUACUGGAACAAUAGCUUUGUGUCUUUCAAAG